CUGAUGAAUCCACGACCCAUCGGCAAUGAGGCGUACGUCCCCACCGAGGUGGAGCACUUGGCCAACGUGGCCACACACGCGCUGAGCAUCCUGCCCAGCCUGUUCGCCUUCAAGCUGCUCGUGCAGAAGGCCCACACCCCGGCCCAUUACGCUGCGGCCAUGGUGUACGGGGCUGCACUCAUCAUGCUCUUCGUCGUCUCCUCGCUCUUCCACUCGGUGCACUUCAUCGGCAAGCUCAGGUUACUCAAGGAGAUCAUGCAUCGCUGCGACCGUGCUGCCAUCUACAUCUUUAUCGCGUCGGCAUACACUCCAUGGCUACUACUGCGGGAAUACAGCGCGUGGGGCCAAAAGCAGCUCUACCUCGUCUGGCUCAUGUGUAUUUUAGGCAUCGCCUACCAGAACAUCUUUCACGAGAAGUACAAGACACUCGAAGUGUUCAUCUACAUUGUAUCUGCUAUGGUGCCGGCGUCUGCAACAUUCUCAAUGAGGCCUCCGACGGGCAUCAAGGAACUGUACUUCGGCGGCAUCAUCUAUGUGGUCGGCGUGCUCUUCUUCAAGAUGGACGGCCGUCUGCCGUUCGCCCACGCCAUCUGGCACCUGUUCGUGAACGCCGCCACGGUGGUGCACUACCAGGCCGUGUACCGCUACCUCUUCAACGGUGCCAGCCACGAACAGUGACGCAGCAUCCCGUCACGUGCCUGGUCGCGCGGUGAUGCAACUUCUGUCGCGUUUUUGUUUUGU